AUGUAUGAUAUACUAGUUCCUAAAUAUGUAGAUGAUAUUACUUUUUGGAAAAGUUACUUUUAUUGUUUACAUCGAAUUUUAUUUACACAAAAUAUUGAUGAAUUAGAUGAAGAAAUUUGUGAAUUAUAUAAUAAAAGAAGAAGACAACAAAUGGAAAGAGAAUUGGAAUUACAAGAAUAUUGUAAUGCUAUUGAAUCUGAUUGUAAAAUUAUUCACAUGAUUAUUAAAAUGGAAAUUGAAAAUAUUAAUCAAAUUUUAUUAUUUGAAAAAAAUUUAAAUAAUCAAAUUAUUAAUUCAAUUGAUAAUGACAUUAUACAUGAAAAUAAUAUUAAUCAAAAUAAUAUUCAUCAAAAUAAUUCAAAUGAUAGUAAUGAAAAUAGUAAUUCAGAUAGUAAUAAUAAUAAUGAAAUAAUUGAUAAUUCUAAUAUUUCUAGUAAUGAAUCUAAUAAUGAAACAUUAUCUGAUAAUACUACUAAUACUAAUACUAAUAUUGAUAAUUCUUCUACUUCCACAUCUACAUCUACUACAUCAACAUCAACACCAACAACAUCGACAACAAAUGAUAAAAAGAAAAUGAAUGAAGAACGUAAAAGAAGAGAAGAAGAAUAUCAUACUAAUAAACAAUUAAUUGAAGAGAAAAUUAGAGAAGUAAUUGAAAUUAAAAAGAAAGUUUCAUUAUUUUCAAGUGAAAUUAUUACGAAUGAAACAUUAAUUGAAAGAAUUUCACAAUCUAAUCAUUGUUUUAUGCAAACAUUUACCUGA